CAUAUACAGAAACCCUAAGGAUGUUAUGGGCUCAUAUUUUCAUUUUUUAAACACAUAUCCAAUAUUUAAAGCUGCAGACACCAUUGAUGCAUUUAUGAAACAAUUUUUGGAUAGGAAACGUAACUGAUAUUAAAACCCAAAUAUGUUUGCUGUGCUGUGUGAUAGGAAACCUUUGGUUUGACCAUAUCAGAGAUUGGUAUGAACACAGAAACAACUUCAAUAUUCAGUCCAUGAAGUACAAAGAGAUGAAGAAGAAUCUCAGAAGUUCUGUGUUACAACUCUCCAAAUUUCUGGGUGAAGACCUGAGUGAGGAGACCUUGAAUGCUGUGGUGAGACAGGCCACAUUUGAGAGCAUGAAGGAUGACCCACUAGCAAAUUAUGAAAAUGCUCUCUACUGGAAUGUUGGGCCCAAACUAAGAGAAGAUCAUUUCAUUCGCAAAGGUACCAUUGGAGACUGGAAAAAUCACAUGACCAUCGAGCAGAAUGAAAGAUUUGACAAGAUUUUCCAAAAGCAGAUGAAAGACUUUCCAUUGCAGUUCAUCUGGGAUGUAAAUGAAACACAGAAUUAAGCUCAGAACACAGAAUCUUCAGAAAUCACCUUCAGCAGGAAAUACAUUAAAUCUUACACUUCAAUCUUUGAUCCUCUGAUCUAUGU